GUUUUUAUGUCGACUCGCCCCUCCACCAUCAUCAUCCAACGAGUGAAGAGUGAAGCAAACCCGCAGACAAAAGAAGCCGCUUCUCUCCGCGAGUGAACGAUUUUGGCGUUGCGUUUUUGCGAGCCGGGGCAGAAAAUUGGUGUUUUUUCUGCGAUUAAAGUGUGCGCAUUUCGGUCGGUGAAAUUGUUGGCGUUGGAGUGCAAUUGGAAUUUUUGGUUUUCUCUGGCUGGUGCUUUGGUCUCUCGUGACGGAGGCGCACCGGUUUUACGUGCGGCUUAAUGUCUAGUGGUGAAUUUCGUGACAGUUCCGCCGUCGAUCCCCCAGCCGCCAAAAAGCGGAAGCUGCCUUCAUCGCCUACUUCGUCGUCGUCUUCGUUGUCGACUUCCCUCACUGCAAAAGCAGUAGCAAUCGAACAGCAGAAGCAGCAACAACAACACAAGCUAGAAGAAGAAGACUCAGCAGCAGCAGAAGUAGCAGUUGUAAUGGCGACGGCAAACAACAAUGGAUCGGUACCGUUCGAAGGUUCCGCGGGACAGGAAAUUGACGAAGGUCUCUACUCGCGGCAGCUCUACGUUCUGGGGCACGAUGCCAUGCGACGGAUGGCACGAUCCGAUGUGUUGAUUUCGGGCCUCGGCGGAUUGGGCGUGGAAAUUGCGAAAAAUGUUAUCCUUGGUGGUGUAAAAUCUGUCACUUUGCAUGACAAAGCGCUUUGCUCGUUGGCGGAUUUGUCAUCGCAAUUCUAUCUCACGGCGGACGAUGUUGGACGGAACCGGGCCGAAGUUAGCUGCCGUCAGCUGUCCGAGCUGAACAACUAUGUGCCUACUAGUGCGUACACCGGAGAUCUCACCGAGGAGUUCCUCUGCAAGUUCCGGGUUGUGGUCCUGACUUUGACCUCCCCCACGGAGCAGCAUCGGAUUGCGGAGAUAACCCAUCGGAACAACAUUGCCCUCAUUACGGCCGAUACCCGCGGUCUGUUCUCGCAGAUUUUCUGUGAUUUCGGAACGGAUUUUACCGUGUAUGAUCCGACGGGGGCCAAUCCGAGCUCGGCCAUGGUCGCCAGCAUUACCAACGAUGUGGACAGUAUUGUGACUUGUUUGGACGAAAAUCGGCACGGAUUCGAGGACGGGGACUACGUAACCUUCACCGAGGUCGAGGGUAUGUCCGAGCUGAACGGAUGUGAUCCGAUCAAGAUCAAGGUCCUGGGACCAUACACGUUCAGCAUUGGCGACACCAUCAAGUUCAGCGCUUACGUUCGUGGUGGAAUCGUCACCCAGGUCAAGAUGCCCAAGCAGAUGACAUUCAAAUCGUUGGCCGAAGCGGAGAAUGCUCCCGAAUUCAUCAUGUCCGACUUCGCCAAAUGGGACCACCCGCAAAACACGCAAAUGGCAUUCACUGUGCUGGGGCGCUAUCAGGAGAAGAACGGCCGUUUGCCCCGUCCUUGGAAUGUCGAAGAUGCUGCUGAGUUUGUUGAAAUGUGCAAAGAGCGCAGCAAGGAAUUGAAGAUGGACGAAAUCAACGAAGCUACAUUGACCACAUUUGCCAAGGUUUGUGCCGGUGAUCUCUGCCCGAUGAACGGAGCUGUCGGAGGCAUCACUGCUCAGGAAGUGAUGAAGGCCUGUACUGGCAAAUUCACGCCGAUCUAUCAAUACUUCUGUUUCGACGCUGUAGAGUGCUUGCCGGAAGGUGGCGUUGAGGAGGAAGAUUGUCAACCAAUUGGAUCUCGUUAUGAUGCUCAGAUUGCCGUCUUCGGACGCAAGUUCCAAGAUGUUCUCGGCAAACUGAAGUACUUCAUCGUGGGAGCUGGUGCAAUCGGAUGUGAACUGCUGAAGAACUUUGCUAUGAUCGGCGUAGCAUCCAAGGAAGGCGGUGAGAUCAUCGUUACCGAUAUGGAUCUGAUCGAAAAGAGUAAUCUGAAUCGACAGUUUUUGUUCCGGCCACAUGACGUGCAGCAGCCUAAGUCCAGUGUAGCGGCAAGGGCCGUUAAGGCUAUGAAUCGGGACAUCAAUGUUGUCUCCCAUGAAAAUCGUGUCGGUCCCGAAACAGAGAAGGUCUACGAUGACAAGUUCUUCGAACGCCUGGAUGGUGUUGCUAACGCAUUAGACAACAUCGACGCGCGUAUCUACAUGGAUCGUCGCUGUGUGUAUUACCGGAAGCCGUUGUUGGAAUCUGGUACACUCGGAACCAUGGGCAACAUUCAGGUCGUUGUACCAUUCCUGACGGAAUCGUACAGUUCUUCACAAGAUCCCCCGGAGAAAUCGAUCCCGAUCUGUACCCUGAAGAACUUCCCGAACGCUAUUGAACAUACUCUGCAGUGGGCGCGGGACAUGUUUGAAGGAAUCUUCAAACAAUCGGCCGCCAAUGCUGCUCAGUAUGUUUCAGAUCCGACCUUCAUCGAGCGUACGCUCAAGUUGCCGGGAGUGCAACCACUGGAAGUAUUGGAAUCGGUUAAGACCGCUCUGAUCGACGAGAGACCGAAGUGCUUCGAGGAUUGUGUCAAAUGGGCGCGCAUCCAUUUCCAGGAGCAGUAUUACAACCAGAUCAGCCAGCUGCUGUUCAACUUCCCUCCGAAUCAGCAAACUUCGUCCGGACAGCCGUUCUGGUCCGGUCCGAAGCGUUGCCCGGAAGCGAUCCCGUUCGACGUCGAAAAUCCGAUGCAUUUAGAUUACAUCUUUGCGACUGCUAACUUGCGCGCCGAGGUGUACGGCAUUCCGCAGCUGCGUGAUCGUUCCGCAAUUGGAGGCAUGGUGGUCAAAGUUGAGGUGCCGAAGUUCACUCCACGAUCUGGAGUUAAGAUCGCCGUUACGGAUGCCGCCAUGCAAGCCGAAGCUAACGGAGCAUCCGGCGAAGAACUUGACCAAGAUCGAAUCACCCGAUUGCAAAAGGAACUCGCCUCCCUGGGUCGACUUGACUUCACGAUUACACCACUCGAGUUCGAGAAAGACGAUGACGCCAAUCUGCACAUGGACUUCAUCGUGGCUGCCUCAAAUCUGCGCGCUGCCAACUACAAGAUUCCACCAGCCGAUCGUCACAAGUCGAAGCUGAUUGCUGGCAAGAUCAUGCCGGCCAUUGCCACUACAACUUCGCUGGUUGCAGGCUGUGUCUCGUUGGAGCUUUACAAGCUUGCUCAAGGCUUCAACACAUUGGAACGCUUCAAGAACGGCUUCCUCAACUUGGCUCUGCCGUUCUUCACUUUCUCGGAACCCAUCCAGGCCAAGAAGCAGACUUACUACGACAAAGACUGGACUCUGUGGGAUCGUUUCGAGGUACAAGGUGACCUUACGCUGAAGGAGUUCCUGGAUUAUUUCGAGCGGGAGCACAAGCUGCAGAUUACGAUGCUCUCGCAAGGUGUUUGCAUGUUGUACGCAUUUUUCAUGGCCAAGGACAAGAAGACAGAACGAUUGGCUCUGACGAUGUCCGAGGUAGUGAGACGUGUCUCGAAAAAGAACAUCGAACCGCACGUCCGCGCUCUCGUGUUUGAAAUUUGUUGCAACGACGACGACGGAAACGACGUGGAAAUUCCUUACGUGAGGUACAUUUUACCCUAGGGUAUCAAGCCGUAAAUUAUAGCUUUACUUCAUAGGGGAAUGAAAAUUAAACACACACACACUUACACUUCUGCACUCACAUGCAUACUAUCAAGGGAGAGAUAAAGCGUUUCAACAUACUAACACUGACACAAGCAUCCACACAUCCACACACACCCAAAUUAAAGAAUAACUAGGAAGUGACCCUUGCAAGGAGUCAUCUAUUUCAAAUAGAAGUGAAUAGUAAAACAUCUAAACAAACAACCGUAGGCUCACCAGCGUGACGUUAUUGUUUUUUCGGAAAAUUGUAAAUCACAAAAAAAAUAUUCUAACGGGAUUGUAAUUACAACUCCAUCGGCUCCAAUUUCCCAACUGAUUUUGCCACAUGCUGUGUCCAUGACACCUUAUGCAGAUUCUCCCGUAGUAUGCGCCAUUUGUUGACUGCUUAGGUUUGACUGAAGAUGGAUCAGUUUUAGUGUGAUAAUAAAACUAUAACUUGCUCUUUACAUCUAAUUUAACUCUCGUUUUUAAAUAAUGUUUGUGUUAGACUCUUGUCGUUCAGUGGUCAAUUGAUAAAUGUGCAACCUUCAUUCGUUUUAUUGGCUUAUCUUUUCCAUAAAGUUUUGUUUUCCAUUUUCAACGAUAACAUCUUGCAUAACGUACUAACAGUCGAUUAGUGUUUUGAUUUUCCAAGAUUCUGAAAAUUUUACUUUUAAAACCUGCACUGUGUUUGAUGAACUGUAAAAUCCCAAACUUAAUCAUUCUUUAGUGGAACAAAUUAACAGGGAAUCAGGAAAAGGGACAUAUAAAAAACUGUGUGAAUAAGGCAUUGAUGCAAUGCUAAUGCUUAUUUAGGUUAUUUUGGAUAGAACUUGAUAACAGAACAGCCCUGAGAACGGCGAUUUAUCGUUAGGAAUCUAAAGGAACACUGAGAGUGCAUGGAGAACCGACUAAGCGACGUGUCAUACAAUGUGAAAGUAAACCGUUCUGUGGGUUGAUGUGUUCGAUCUAAUUACAGCGAGGGAAAAGUGAAAGAUUAUUGGUUUUUAAACUGAUCAUAUAAGUUUGAAAAAAAAAUGGAACUACGUUUCUUGAUAGAUAAGCUGAACAGAACAGUAAACAGAAGUAAUUGUAUUUGAAAAAUAAAUUAUGAUCAUGAAAUUUGAA